UCAAGUGAAGUCUAUAAUUCCGAUGACAAUUUUCUUUUCAAUAGCAUUUAAUAGAUUUAUAUUUCAAGUUGAUCCCUUUAUUUGUUUUUAUGGAUCUCAAGCUCACCAACUCAUCCACAAAGCACCACCCAGCCUCUAGAACUUUAAUCCCCGACGAGAAAAAUCAUCUCCGCCCGAAUUUACCCACAAACAACCAUCAACCCAAAACCAGCAGCAACUCCUCUUCCCCACUGGCCAGAAGCCGCCAACAGAAACUAUUACGGACCCACCGUACCAUUGCUCACUUGGUUUUUGUCUAUGUAUUAAAGAGGAGAUUGAGGAUCAGAUUUAAUAGAGAGUGAAGCACUAAAAACAUGGGGAGUUCAAGGUCCAGCAUUUUAUGUUUCUUGAUGCUCUGUGCAAGUUUUCUAGUCCCAACAAGCUGCCACAGUUACUCUCAUGGUGCUUUAUUCAUCUUUGGAGAUUCCUUUUAUGAUGCUGGGAAUAAUAUUUAUCUCAACACUAGCAACACUAGCCUUGCCAAACUAAGUAUCUUUCCAUAUGGAGAGACAUAUUUUAAGCAUCCCACAGGAAGGGUCAGUGAUGGUCGAUUAAUUCCAGAUUUUAUUGCUGAAUUUGCAAAGCUACCAUUAAUUCCACCAUAUUUACAACCCGGCAACCAUCAAUUCACAAAUGGAGUCAACUUUGCAUCAGGGGGAGCUGGUGCUCUCGUUGAAAAUAAUCAAGGACCGAUUAUGGGCCUUAAAACUCAAUUACGUAAUUUCAAGAAUAUGGAGAAGCAGCUAAGGAAAAAACUAGGAGCUUCAGAAGUUAAGACAUUGUUAUCCACAGCUGUUUACAUGUUCAGCAUUGGAAGCAACGACUACUUGGUACCUUUCAUCACAAACUCCACUCUGCUUCAAUCCUACUCCAAAAAAGAGUAUGUCAAGAUGGUUAUUGGCAACAUAACAACCGUGAUCCAAGAAAUUUAUAAGAUAGGGGGAAGGAAAUUUGGGCUAUCAAAGUUGAUUCCUUGGGGUUGUUUUCCAUUCUCUCGAGAACUAAAACUAUCCAGCACGGGUGGCUCUGGCUGCAUGGAAGAAUUUACGCUGCUGGCAAAACUACACAAUAGAGCACUCCUUGAAGCUCUUAAAGAGCUUAAGAAGAGCCAACUAAAAGGAUAUACUUAUUCAAUUUUUGAUGCCUACACUGUAGCAACUGCAAUUUUCAAUAACCCUUCAAAAUAUGGUUUCGAAGAGGUGAAAUGGCAUGCUGUGGCAGCGGUCCAUUGAGAGGCUCCUUGCUUGCUUGCGGCCUGAAAGUAUACCAACUGUGCGAUAACGUUAGCGAAUAUUUCUUCUUUGAUGAACUUCAUCCAACCGAAAAGGCCAACUAUCAGUUUGCAAAGCUAAUGUGGGAUGGGAGUCCUAAAAUCGUCAAGCCUUACAACCUGAAGACACUGUUCGAGAAAUAGUUCGAAACUUAGUCCCAGACAGGAGAUGACUUUGAUUACCCGUUCUGCACCUCGAAUAUGACUCAAUUUCAUGCUUCAAAUCCAAGUUGAUUCAGGCUUUAGAUGUGACAGUGUUUAGAAAAGAAAAAUUAAACUUAGAAAGAAUGGACAGUUUUGAUGUUUACAGUAACAGUUUGUUGAUGUUGAGAAUUGAAGAAUAUGAUUACACUUUA